GGCGGUUCCGAAUUUGUAACCGUUCACUUUCUUCCAAUUGUAGAAUAGCCUGAAGUUUUGUUUGUAUAAUAUUAUUCUUGCUGCUUAUUUUGGAUUAAGAAUUAGGAAGUGAGAUACGAAUACUUAAAAUAUCAUCAGCCAAGUCCUUUAUUAUUUUUGCAGAAUGGAUUCCAGACAAAAACCUGGAAGGUGACUGUACUGUGUAACAAAGAAUUGGUGUUUCUGGCAGUGGGAGAAAAAUUAUGGAGAGAAGGCGAGGUAUGCAGUUCCUCACUGGCUCGCAUGAAUUCAUUGAAGAACUUAAGAAAAGAACUUUUAAAAGUGGUGAAUCUAUACUUCAGCAAGUGAAAAAUGAAGAUUUCACCUUUAAUUAUAUGAUUGAAAAUGGGUUUAAUAAUCCAAUCUUAUUUAAAAAACCUGAGGGUUUAAAUUUGAAGACACCAAAGUUUACUGAUUGGACAAGCCUGGAACAUUAUGUUGGAGGGGAAAAAAUGGUGGAGGUCAUUGACGUGGAGGAACAGGAUUAUUGUGUAAUAUCAUUUUCAGCCAUGAUAAAAUAUAUAAAAGCAACCAAAAGAUCUAGGGUUCUGAAUCUAAUAAGCCUGGAGUGCUCGGAUACGAGACUUGGAAAAUUGAUACAGCCACCUCAAGUUGCUGAUGAUUUAGAUUGGGUAUCAAGGUACUGGUGUAAUAAAAAAACCGAUAAUCAUAAUUUUAAAGACGUGCCUCGUGUCCAAAGGUACUGCUUAAUUAGCCCGAUUAAUGCCUUCACAGAUUUUCAUAUAGAUUUUGGUGGAACUUCAGUCUGGUAUCAUGUGGUAAAGGGAGCCAAAAUAUUUUAUUUGAUUCGCCCCACACUGGACAAUUUAAAUCUUUAUGGUAACUGGUUGGAUUCAGUUAACCGGCUUAGAACUUUCUUCGCAGACCAGGUAGAUGAAUGUUUUAAGUUAACCCUGGUACCAGGAAAUACAUUAUUUCUCCCUACGGGAUGGAUUCAUGCUGUCUUGACUGUGGAGGAUUCUCUUGUUUUUGGUGGAAAUUUUCUCCAUAGCCUCAACAUGGAGGGGCAAUUGAGGAUUUAUGCAUUGGAGACCAGAACAAAAACUCCUGAAAGAUUAUUAUACCCUCACUUUGAAGAAAUACACUGGCGAGCUGCUCGAGGCCUCUCAAAAGAGCUUGAAGAUUUUAAUUCAAGGUCACUUGCUGCCCCAGCAUAUUUAAUUAAUGGUUUGAAAUCAGUUCUCAGCUGUUUAAAACAAUGGAUUUCUUCUCCAAGAAGUAUAAUAUCAGAAUGUGAGAAGAACAUCAUCAUUAAAGAUUUGAAUCGCCAAAUCAAGCAUGCCGACAGAAUAUCGCUAAGUAUUAAUCCACCUAAACCAGAGAGGGGUUCAACCAGGCCAAGAAAGAAAAGGAUUUUGGCUGAUUUUGUUUCUUAUCCUCCUUCUUCAAGAAAGAAAUUGAAGAAGAAACAUACCCAGCCGGUUGUUCCUAAUGCCGAAAACAAAACCAAUGAAAAAUGGCAUGUUCAACAUGGUGACACCAAAGUAGUCAUUAAAAAAUUAAAAUCUCCGACUAGGCAUUCCAAUGUUAUGUCACCUGAUCAUCUUAUUGAUGAAAAUCAACCAACACCAAUGGACAAUACAAUUUCAGUAUCUAGCGAUUCAGAUUCUUCAUGUGAGAUAAUUUCAAGCUUUAACCUUCCUGGUACAUCUAAAAAACCUUUUUCAAACCAGCCAGGUCCAUCCAAAGACUCUCAACAUUCACAGCCUCCUGGUUACCCGUUGUUUUCAAGGAUACCUUUUACUGGAUUUAGGAAGUAUACUCGCAUCACAAUUAGCCAUGAGCGCUAUAUGCGUUUAUAUUCAUCAUCCACAGCCAAAUAUGAACCACAAGGAACUUCUAAUACUUCAGGUAAAGAAGAAACUGUCCAUUUCACUAGUACAUCAUCUAAAUCUGUUGUGGUGCAUCAAGAUGAGGAAUACAUUUAUCCAUCCCUUAUACUAACGGAUGAUGAAGCUCAGGGAUAUCGUUUACCUAAUCAGGAAAAGGAUAUCCCUUGGAAUCCACGGGCUAAGGUUGGGAAGGUUAUUCCCAAAACUGACAGACCCUGUAGAAAAGGUAAGCAGAAGGUUGCUGUUGAAAAAGGGCUUGAAGAAGCUGCUUCUGUGGUGGAUAAAACCAACUUUCAACCAGCUAAGGAACGCAAAAAAAGGAAUUUUGCCAAAAGUUUGUUAAAGGAAUCUCUAAGUCCUACUACAUCUAAUUCGACAAAACCAUCUGCUAAAGGACGUAGACAAUCUACAGUUAAACAGAGGCUGAGUAAGAUCUUGAAGUUAAAUAAAAACCAUCGUUAAAUUGAAGUAUUCUGCUUCUGAUGGGUAUCCAUUACAUCUUGAUUUGAAACUUAAUCUUUCUAACUACAGGAAAUAAAUACUGAAUAACCUUCAGAACAUUAACUAGAUAUAUAUUUUUUUAAAUAAGCCUUUGUGAACUUUGUUUCGAUAUCCAUGAAGAAUGGAUCUCCAUAGAUGUCAACAACAUUGUAAGGUUUAAGCAGAUCAAUCUUUUCUUCAAUACUGAUUUACAAAAAAAAAUUUUGUUAAGAUACACUGAUCUUAUUUAUCAUCCUGUAUAUUUUAUUGCCCAUAUUGAUGUUGUAAAUUAGUUAUUUAAUUGCUAAACAACUAAACUUUUAUUUUUUAAGUUUUAGUGUGUGAUUUUUUUAAUUUCUAGUAUGUGAAUUGUUUUAUGUAUUUUCACUAGAUUUGAUAUUAGUAAAUGUUCCUAAAUAUAUUUUUUAUUCUAAAUUUCAUAAUAUUUUUGUAUUAAU